UAAUAAUAAUAAUAAGCGUGAUAAUAAUAAAAUUGAUAAUUCUUUGGACAGUGAUAGUACUUUUGAAAAAAGUCUUGAAGAUUAUGAAGAAAAUAAUAUUGGUAACACUGAUUCGUUGAAAUCUGAUUGGUCGUACGUUGAUCAUAAAGAAGAAAUUAAAUCUACGCAUUUCGACAAUACAAAAACGCAUUCAAACGAUAGCAUCAAAGAUGAUUCCGAAGAGACUAUUUCUUUGUUAUCAUCAAAUAUAAAAAUAGAUAAAAACGAAUGUGAACAUUCGAAAUUCGACGAAAUUCACGACAUACCUUUAGCUAAAAGAUUAUCGAACGAAAUUAAAAAAGAAAAUAUGGUAGAUAAUCUUUCAAUGUGCUUUCGUGACUACAGUAGUAGUUCAACUUCUGCCGGGAAAAAUUCGAAUCAAAAUUUAGCCGAGAACAAAACGCAUGUUGAGGAUAAUACGUCGAAUACGAAAAAAAUUGAAGAUAUUAAAGUAAAAAAGGAUAAUUCUGUUAAGAAUAAUUUUGAUGAGGAUGAUAUUGAUCAGAAUUUACGUAGAGUGACUAGGGGUCUGACAAAAAUUAAUAAGUCCGUUAAUGAGAAUUUUCUUGGGAGAUUAGUAUGGGGAUGUUGUUCUGGUUGGUGGCCAGCAUUGAUUAUCGAUGCAGAACAUGUAGGAAUGAUUUCUGAACCUGGAAAAUUAUGGGUUUAUUGGAUCGGUGACUCGUUAAUAUCUCUUCUCAAUGAAAGAACUCAGAUAAAACCGUUCACCGAUAAUUUAGAGUUAAGACUCAAACAGAAAUCGGAAUCUGCUGAUAGCAUGCAAUCUAUCGAUUUAACCAUUCAGAUGAUACGUGAAAAGUGUGGCUGCUUGUUAACGAAACCUUAUCAUAUUUGGGUACAGAAGAACUUCAUUGAUAAAACAAAAAAAGAGAUUAAGUUCUACCCAUAUCCAGCUAAAAUACAAGAGAGAUUAGAUUUUCUAAAAGAAAAAAAUUCAAGAAUUAAUGAAAGAUAUAUGUUGAAUCAGAAACAACAAUCAUCCGAAAAAACUAAAAGACAAGUUGAGAAGUGUACUGAUACGAGUUUUAACGAAAAGAAUACUGAAUUAUUACCUUUGAUGGAGCAACGGCCUGGCGUUAUUGCUUGGGCAAAAAUAGCUGGAUACAAUUGGUGGCCAGCUAUGAUCAUUGAUUAUCGUGAUUGCUGUCUGCGAGAGCCCAGUUUUGGUUGCCAAUGGAUAAUGUGGUAUGGCGAUUAUACAUUUUCACAGAUACACCAUCGUGCAUUUAUGAAAUUUAUAGAAGGAAUGGAAAAAAUGCAGGAGUAUAUUCAACGUACGAAGAAACAUUUUUAUCUUCUUGGAGUUCUUGAUGCUUCUAAGGAUUAUUAUUUACGGCUCGGUUAUGAUACGGAAAACUGGACUAUCGCAGAUGCUAUAACACAUUCCUCACAACGCAACGUUUGUUCACAAGUAAGAAAAAGGUCCUUGACAGUACAGAAAUGUUCAGAAGAAUCAAAAAAAUAUUCUGCAUUGAUUUUAAGUAAAUUAAAUCAAUUGAAAAUAAAUGUCACUGUUGAUGAUCAGCGAAAAAAUGACAUUAUCAAUAGUAACAUAUUACAUUUGAUAAAAAUCGGCAAAGCUGCGAUAGAGGACAUAUGUUUAAGAUGUUUAAAGAUAUCUCAAGAAGAAAUGGAACAACAUCCAUUUUUUAAAGGAUCUUUAUGCAAAGAUUGUUCGGAAAUAUUCAAACCAUCUAUUUUCGUGAUCGGUACAGACAGUAAAUGCUAUUUUUGCACCGUUUGUGCUGGAUCUGGUACAGUAGUUAUGUGUGACAAUGAAAAUUGUCCUCGAUUAUAUCAUUUCUAUAACACUACUGAUCGAGUUUAUUGCAGAGUUUAUUGCACUGCCUGCCUAAAGCAUUUAAUAUAUCCAAAUGAGUACCAUGAUAUACUUCUCGAAGAUCCAUGGAAAUGCUUGCUUUGUAAAAUGGAUAAUGUUUCUACACCAAACAGAGUAAUAUUACCACGGCCGGAAUGGAAAGAAAAAUUUACUCAUAUGUUUAGAACAAACCCUAAUUCAAAAAUGAAAUUUGCAAUAGACAAUAAUUGGGUAAAGAGAAAAAUGCGUGUCCUUUCGCUAUUCGACGGCUUGGCUACUGGUUUGGUAGUACUCCUCAAAUUGGGCAUAACGAUCGAAGUAUAUUACGCUAGUGAGAUCGACAAAGACGCUUUGACUGUUAGCUCUUCGCAUUUUGGAGAUCGUAUUAUUUAUUUAGGAGACGUAAGAGACAUAACCGUACAAAAAAUUAAAGAAAUUGCUCCUAUUGAUUUGGUGAUGGGUGGAUCACCAUGUAACGACUUGAGUCUUGUAAAUCCAGCACGGUUGGGUCUUCAUGAUCCUAAUGGAACUGGUGUUUUAUUCUUUGAAUAUAAACGCAUCAAGGAAUUAGUAAAAAAAGCUAAUAACGGAAGACAUUUAUUUUGGUUAUACGAAAACGUUGCCAAUAUGGAAACUAAGUAUAGGUUAGAAAUCAACAGAUGUCUUGGACAGGAACCUGAUGUGAUAGAUUCUGCAGAUUUCUCACCUCAGCAUCGAUUAAGGCUUUAUUGGCAUAACCUACCGAUAAAUGCGUAUACUUUGCCGUCUGAAAAUCAACAUGAUUUACAAGAUGUACUUACGCCACAUUGUAAUCGAUAUGCUUUAGUAAAAAAAAUCAGGACAGUGACGACAAAUGUACAUUCAUUGAAACAAGGUAAACUAGCGCUGAAGCCAAUUCUGAUGAAAGACGAGAGUGAUUUGUUAUGGAUAACGGAGCUCGAAGAGAUAUUUGGAUUUCCACGGCACUACACUGACGUUAAAAACUUAUCUGCGGAUAAACGUCAAAAACUAAUUGGCAAGUCGUGGAGUGUACAGACGCUUUCCGCCAUAUUCCUACCGUUGCGCUCUCUAUACGAGCACGACUAACUAAAGACGACUAAAGUAUCGCCACUAUUUUCAUUUUAUUUAUAUUUUUUAUAGAACGAUGAUAUUUUGUUAUAAAUAAUCGGAAAUGAAGAAGAAAAGUGUUAUAUAAUUUUAGAAGAAAUGAAAUUAAUUUGAGAUAAUAUAUUUGAAACAUCGCUAAUGAAGAAUCGAACUUAACUCUAUAAAAGGUUAUGUUUAAUUAUGAUAAAUCGAGAAAAUUGGUUUUUAAACAAGUCAUGUGGUAACAAAUUGUUAGAUAUAUUUUUUAUUUAUCGUUAAA